AUGAGUGCUUCCCCAGAGCUCAAGGGUCGUGGGAUGAAGUUUGCUGAGGAACAGCUGCUAAAGCAUGGAUGGACUCAAGGCAAAGGCUUGGGCCGGAAGGAGAAUGGUAUCACCCAGGCCAUCAGGGUGACAAUGAAGCAGGAUACUCACGGGGUAGGACAUGACCCAGCCAAGGAGUUCACAAACCACUGGUGGAAUGAGCUCUUCAACAAAACUGCAGCCAGUCUGGUAGUGGAAACUGGGCAGGAUGGAGUACAGAUAAGGCACGUCACUAAGGAGACUACACGUCGUGAUCGUCUCAAGCCCAAUUUGUUGUAUCAGAAGUUUGUGAAGACUGCCACACUGACUUCUGGUGGGGAGAAACCAGACAAGGACUUGGAGAAUUGCAGUGAUGACAACACUCCGGGGCCCAAGUCCCCAAAGAUUCUGACUGAUGAGAUGUUGCUCCAAGCCUGCGAGGGACGAACAGCACACAAGGCUGCUCGUCAUGGGAUCACAAUGAAGGCCAAGCUUGCUCGUCUGGAGGCCCAGGAACAGGCUUUCCUGGCUCAGCUCAAAGGCCAGGACCCUGCGACUCCUCAACCAGAGCCUGACACCAAGCCUCCAAAAAAAAUGAAAAAGAAAGAGGAGGAAGAUGCUCUAGCAGCAGAAAGGAAUGGAGAAGAACACUCAGAACAGACUGACCAGAGUCUUAGGAAAAGCAAGAAGAAGAAGAAAAAGAAGGAAGAACACCAAGAAGAUAAGGUCUCAUAUGAGAGGGAGGAAACUGUAGAGAAUGAGGAAGAGAUUGCUGAGACCAGUGGGCUUGGAGAAUUGAAGAGCAGAGAACAAACUAGUCAGCCCCUCAGGAAAAGAAAGAAGAAGAGGCAGCAGCUGACCUUGGAUAAAGGAGAAGGAUGUAAGGAGGCUGAAGAGGGUGUCAAGACCAAGGACGUGGAGAACAGAGAAUACCUAUGUAGUGGAGGCAAGAAGAGGCGGCAACGUGUGGAGGAGCAGCAGCAUUUGAACACAGAUGAAGAAGGUGAGGAGACUGCUGUAGCUAGUAGGACCAGGGAAGCAGCAAGCAGCAGAGCAUGCAGUGAUCCGGACAGCAGGAGAAAUAAGAAAAGGCAGCGGUGUCAAGAGAAGCAGGUGGAGGUAAGGGAUAAAGAUGACAAGAUUGCAGGAAGCAGGACUGGUGAAGUAGAGAGCAGAACACACACUGGUGCAUGCAGCAGGGAGAAGAGGAAGCAGCGGCAUUCAGAGGAGGAAGAAGCCAGCGUCAACACAGGUCAGAGAACCAAAAAGAAGAAACACGAGAGAGACUAA